CUAGUAUGUGUUUGUCUAACUAAAAGGAUGUACGGCCCCAUGGGAGUGGCUUCCCUUCAGCUAUCCCUUCCUUCCACAUGCCGGUUCAGACAAAGGCCAGUUCGUUGUGCUUCUGACGAGCGCCAGGGCCUCUUCAACCGCAUAGCUCCUGUCUACGAUAAUUUGAAUGACUUGUUGAGUUUGGGUCAGCAUCGAAUUUGGAAAAGAAUGGCAGUAUCAUGGAGUGGAGCUAAAAUGGGAGACCGUGUGUUGGAUUUGUGUUGUGGAAGUGGGGAUUUAGCUUUUCUCUUGUCCGAGAAGGUCGGGUCCAAUGGCAAGGUGACUGGUCUUGAUUUCUCAAAGGAGCAACUGUCAAUUGCUUCACACCGGCAAAACUUGGUCCCGAAAGCCUGCCGCAACAUUAUCGAGUGGGUUGAAGGCGAUGCGCUCGAUUUGCCAUUUCCUGAUGGUUACUUCGAUGCCAUUACAGUGGGUUAUGGGCUACGAAAUGUGGUGGAUAAACACAGAGCCAUGCUGGAGAUGUUGAGAGUUCUAAAACCAGGUUCAAGAGUAUCUGUCCUUGAUUUCAACAAAAGCACUCAACCAUUCACUGCUGCAACUCAGGAAUGGAUGAUUGACAAUGUUGUUGUCCCAAUGGCAACUGGUUAUGGUCUUGCGAAGGAGUAUGAAUAUUUGAAGAGCUCAAUCAGGGAAUUUUUAACAGGGAAGGAAUUGGAGAAGCUUGCUUUACAAGUAGGAUUCUCGAGCGCCAGGCAUUACGAGAUUGGCGGAGGCCUGAUGGGGAACUUAGUAGCCAAACGUUAGAUGCAAUUCAUGGGUGGUAUUGUUCUCACAACUUUGAAUUAUUGAUUUCUCAGAACGAAGCACCCCGAAGCUCUGAACUUUUUCAUAUUUCCGUGUUUUCUUGGUUGCUAAACUGGAAUGUUAUGUUAAACAAUUGGAUCAAUAGUAGCCCGAAUUUUCUUUUCUGCUCA